UCAUGGAUGCUUUACUAGGUCUAAAUUCCUUUCUCUUGAUACCUUGAAGGGAAAACAUAGAUCAACCGUCCUAAUCCCUAAGACAUAUGGGAAGGCAUGUGGAAUGCAAGGCCAGACCUGACAUGGGACUUCCUGGCACAGGAGAACAUUCAGAACUUGCAGAGCCAAUGAGAAAAUGGAAGCCCUCUUUCAGGCAGGAUCCAUUCUUAUGAAGGUGAAUACCUUACAGGGCAAGAAGAUGGUGGAGAGUGGGCUCCAGUCUGGGGACCUUUCUCUGUCUCAGUCAUGGCCCUCCUACCUCCCUCUACCGGCCGACUUGGAGAUCCUGCAGCAGAAGGUGGCCGCGGUACAAAGCGAGCUGGAGGACUUCAAGAAGGAGGCGCUGAAGGCCAUCCGUUACCUGGAGGACGCCUUCUGCCAGAUGAGUGGCGUCCUGGCACAGCAGGAGGAGCAGGCGGCGCGAGUGAAGCAGCGGCUGAGGGAGGAGGAGGACCGCGGCAUCGUUCGCAACAAGGUCCUCACCUUCCUCCUGCCCCGGGAGAAGCAGCUUCGUGAACACUGCCAGCGGCUGGAGAACAUGCUGGUCAGGAGCCACGAUUCCCUGCGAGUCAUCAGGAAGAGCCAGGCCGACUGAGCAGCCCGCGUGUGCGCCCGAGGUGGUGGGCAAGAUUAUUUUUUAGUGGAAGGGCAAAUGCUAAGCCCCCGUUUAUUCCCCUUCCCCCAUUUUUAUUGCUUUCCUGCUACCAAAAUAACACCAUGCAGAACGGCAAAAAAGCCCUCAAUAUGGUUUUCGGGUGACGUUCCAUUUAUCCAGCCUCAUCAAGGAAGGAGGCCCCAGACACUGUAACCGUCAGACCUGUAACUGUCACCUCGAACUGUUUCCCCGUUUGUAAUGGUACAGUUGCUUGGAUGUAGUAGCAUUUUUCUUGUAUAUUCUUAAACUGGUUGUGUUGAACAGAUUUACCUUUCUUUUAAUGACUCCAGGCUUUCGUGAUUUAUCACUUAACAAUUGGUUUACUGAGACCUGUCAAUGUGUGUUCUAUACCGAGACAGGCUGGGGGCUUAGUGACAGAGCUUGCCCAGAUCCUGAAAUGGACUCAGACGGUUGGAUUUGUGUAAUUCCUGACCUCUCCGUUUCAGCCUGCUUGCAAGGUUGGACUAUUGUUCCUCUCUUUUCCUUACGGCUUUGGUUCAUCUCUGCUUCCUCUCCAUUUAGCCUGAAGAUGGGCUGCUCUGUGUGUGUGGGGUGAACCUUGUUAGGUUUCUGCUCGUAGAACUCUCUGCACUCCACUUCCCACCCCACCCCCCCCACCCCCGGGUGACAUCUAUAAGUUCGCACAAUAAAACAGUAAAA